UCUAUAUAUAUACACGCAGACAUAUACUAGCCCAAUCUCCGUCUCUGAAAAAUAAAAUUACCCAAUUAGAAUUAGGGUUUUUGUGAUUUAGGGUUUUCAAAAUUCAUCAAGAUGACAGGAAAGGCAAAGCCGAAGAAGCACACAGCAAAGGAGAUCGCAGCGAAAGUGGACGCGGCAACAACAAAUAGAGGCGGAGGAAAAGCAGGGCUAAAGGAUAGAACCGGUGAAGAGAAAGGAGGACAUGCUAAAUAUGAAUGUCCUCAUUGCAAAAUAACAGCUCCUGAUAUGAAAACUAUGCAGAUCCAUCACGAGGCUCGACACCCUAAAUUACCUUUUGAAGAAGAUAAGUUUGUUAAUUUGCAUGCUGUCCAUGGUGCUGACUCUUCCAAAACGCGUCCUGGUGUUAGAGGAAGCUUUAAGAAAUGAAAACAAUAGAAAAAGAGGGAAGGGUUUGAGGUGAUCUUUCCAUAAAGAUCAUAACUUUGCCAUGGUUUUUAUGUUUUUUGUUCUGGGUACUAUGUGGUUGUGUUUUUCAUUUUUCUUUUAAGCUGCUACUUCUGAUGUGGUGAUGAUGGAAUGUAUAUUAGUUACUUUGUUAUUGUUACUAUUAUGUUAAUUGAAAUCGGUCAUGGCCUAUUAUGGGUAA